AUGCCAGUAUAUGAAAUUGAGCGGAAGUUCGUCUUUAACCCAGCCUUGCUGACACGCUUCCGAAUGAACCAUGGCCAACCGCCGUUUCGCUGUCUGGCUCAUCAGCGCACCGAGAGCUUUCAGGACGAAUAUUUCGAUUCUGCAAACAAGUUGUCGAAGAGUGGCAUAUGGAUACGAAAACGCGAUAAAUCCUGGGAGGCCAAACACCGUCAAGAUGGCAACUAUCUUCGAUCUUCCUUUUAUGAAACCGAUAAAGUUCAUGAAAUCAAGAGGUUGAUUAGCACCUACACGCAUUUAGGAUAUAAUGCAGGUCCAGAUACCAACUUCGGCUUAAAGAGCAUAUGUCGGUAUCGUACGACAAGGGAGACUUUUCUUGCAGACGAUCGAUUUUUCAUCAUGUUAGACUUCACGGAUUUUGGCCAUUGGGUUGGCGAGGUAGAAGUUCAAACGCACCAAACCGCAGCAGCGCUCUUGGACAUUGAUAUUUUCAUGCAGAAGUAUUCAUGGUUUUUUGCGAAUCGCGAUAUUCCUAAAGGAAAGAUGACAGCUUACUUUGAAUUAUUCGGCUUUCCUUCUGAAGAUGAUUCUUAA